AUGGCGGGCCUUGCCAUGGCAGUCUCUCACGAGCCCAGGAUGGUGUCGAGCCUCAUCGACGUGCCUAAUGAUCGCUGCCCGAAGGGCCGGUGUAUGGACGACAGUCGCAAUAGAUACGACGGACUGAGAAUAAAUGACCCUUCAAUAUCAGUCUUCAGAUGGUUGCUACAGAGAUUCUUGAAGAGAUUCUGUAUGGAUCGGGCCCAUGCACACCGGUUCAAGUCGCCGACGUUACCACAGAUGCCUAACUUGGCCAGGUGUGGCGGCCAAGCGGCUGGUGCCUACGAGGUUGCUACCCGUCAGCUGGGGCGAGUUGGAGCCAUUUAG